AUGGCAGACCACGACACCACGGAGGCUAUUGACGUCAAGGACACGUCCCUCAAUAGCUCGGUAUCUUCCAUCGGCCGCACACCUCCGACUGCGCUCAAAUUGGGCUCCAGCCCCAGCCCGGCAUCGUCCCACCGUUCGAGCUUCGCGGAGCACAUGCGAGGAACGCCCACAUCACCACGCGCGUCACGGCAGCCUUCACUGACACAGCAAGCGCUACAGGACCUCCUCAACAACCCACCAACCAAGGGUGGUGAUCCAAAGUUCCAGGGACGCGAUUGGAAGACUGUCAGACUGGGAGAGAUUGUCGAUCCUGACCUGGUGAGGUUCGUCGAGUACGAUACCAGCGUUGAGGAUGCGACGAGCAUACUAGUCAAACAUGGCGCCCCUAAUGUCGUCCUCCUGCGCGAAGACGCCAACACACGGCAUGCGACCGGGACCUUCGAUUACAGCGACCUGAACGCGUACCUCCUCCUCGUAGUCGGCCUCGCGCACCCCGAAGAAGGCGACAUCGCCUCGUUCGACGAGCUUGCGCAGAAAGGAAGAGAAGGAAAACCCAUACCGCUCAAAGACGUAAAAGAGGUUGGUGGCAGGAAGGAGCCGUUGAUUACUCUCGACGAGACAACGGAUCUGUCCAAGGCCAUAGAAGUCUUCGGAAGCGGCGUACAUAGAGUGUUGGUCGCAGAAGAAGGCACAUCGAACGUCAAGGGCAUACUUACCCAGCUAAGACUGGUGCAAUUCUUCUGGGAGAACCGAUCGAGCUUCCCAGGCGUAAACCAGCUGUACCCACAGCUGAUCAAAGACCUGAAUCUUGGAUCCAAGACCGUUCUAGCCAUCAAUGGAGAUAAGCCUCUUGCAGCGGCUCUGGAGCUCAUGAACAACGAAGGCGUGUCGUCACUCCCAGUCUUGGACGCGCAAAACAACGUUAUCGGCAACAUAUCCCAUGUGGAUGUUCGGCUCUUGACCAAAUCCACAUCGCUCCCACUGCUUCGCUCAUCCUGUAUUCACUUCAUAUCUGUCAUCUUGUCCGAACGGGGAGUGAAUGACGGCAAGGACUCCUUCCCCGUGUUCCACGUCAACCCAUUCAGUACCCUCGCACACACUGUGGCCAAGCUAGUCGCAACCCGCUCGCAUCGCAUGUGGGUCGUGGAUGCGCCGUCUCCGGCCUCAUCAGGGCCAUCGACUCCAGCGAUAACACCUGCGAUUGUUGUUCCUCCUUCGCCAAUCACACCACUACCAGGGAUGGCAGGCCCAACACCCGUCAAUUCCACUGCGCCGACCCACCUCGCUAGUACCGGAGCGGUUGCCCCAGCUAUCUCUGCAUCAGCAAUCUCUGCUAUGCCAGGGGCUAGCUUAUCUGGCAGACUAAGUGGCGUCAUCAGUCUCACGGAUAUCCUGAAUUUGUUCGCAAGAGCAAGCGGGCUGAAUCCCCAUGAUCCCGACGAGGCGAGACGUGCUAGGCGCAGGUCUAGCUCCAGUAGCAUGAGGCAGAGCAUGGAUAGUUCAAGGAGCGAAAGUGUGUCGGCUAUCGCUGGGAGAAGGAGCAGCGUGAGUGAGAGGGAAAAGAAUGCUCCCGCAGCUCAGGGACUGGGCAUCUCCAGAGGACGAGGUGCGUGA